AUGGGUAGGGCGAUUGAGAAGAUUCUGUCCACGAGGAGCGGACUGAUCGAAGCCUGCACAAGCCUUCUAACAGGCUUUGAGAGUGUGGAGCGGACCGAGGAAGAGCUUGGCCGUGUAAAAAAGCAGCUAGAGGAGAAGCAAGGAGCUGCGACCGAGGUGGAGACCCUCAAGGCCGCGUUGGCAAAAGCCCAGGAGAGAGCGGCGGAAGAACAAUUCGUCCGCGAAAAGCACGAGGCCAGGGUCGGGGAGAUCCAGCAAGAACUCCAGGACGCCGUGAAGAAAUACGAGUCCUUGGAGCACAAGAUUGCGGAUCAAGAGUCUGAGCUUGCAAAGGCCCGCGAAAGCGCACAAGAGGCCCAGGGAGUGGUUGUUCAUGACCCAUACUUCGAGUGCAAGACAGAUGCCCUUGGCAAGCUUGGAUUCUUCUCUUACCAGAAAUGCACCGAGGCCAUCCGCAUGCUUGCAUAUGGAAUUCCAGGCGAUCUGGUGGAUGAGUAUGUGCGUAUGAGUGAGUCCACAUGUCUGCUGUCACUGUACAAGUUCUGCAAGGUCGUGGUGGCAGUGUUUGGCCCUGAGUACUUGAGGCAGCCAACUGCCGCUGAUAUAAAGAGAUUGUUGGCGACCAACGCAGCUAGAGACUUUCCAGAUUCUCACAAUGAUAUCAAUGUGCUGCAGCGUUCUCCGGUCUUCGCAAGGCUUGCAGAAGGCCACUCCCUACCUGUUAACUUUGAGAUCAACGGCCACCAGUACAACAAGGGAUACUAUCUAGCUGAUGGUAUAUAUCCUCAGUGGUCAACUUUUGUGAAGACAAUCUCGAACUCCCAAGGAAAGCUUUGGGAGGUGAUGACUGCUUGUGUGAUCAUGCACAACAUGAUCGUCGAGGACGAGCGUGAUGAAGGAUCUUCGACCAAGGAUUUGAUUUUCAAGGUGAAAAUGGCCAUGACGGACAGGAUGGGACCAAAAGAUGCGAUCGCGCGCUAG